UCGUGGCACUUUAUUGCAUUGUCCACGCAGUCCGUUGUUGAGGGUUGUGUUUAGCGUUGGGGAUUCCAGACAAAUAAAAUUGUGAACGUUUUAGUGCAUGAAUGACUAAUGACGGCUGCGCCUUGAUGCACAAAGUUUACUUUUACAGAGAAUAGCAGUAAGCUAUUCUCUGUUAUAUCAUUAUCAACCAAAAUUGACCGCGGUUAACAAUCACUACCACAGUUCGGUGUCCCAUGUACACAAAAACAAUAAAAAUGCCAGCCACGAAGGAUUCGAAUAUUGUUAAAAUUGCCAUACAAAUGGCUGAUCAGCAGGCGCAAUUAAUUGAAUUUAACCAAAAGCAGCCCUUGACCGGAAUAAUUCAGGAACUGUGCAACGCUUGGGACCUCUCAGAUCCCGACACGUAUGCUCUGCAGUUUUCAGAUAACAACAACCAUAACUACAUAACGGAGAAAAAUCGGAAUGAAAUAAAAAAUGGGAGCAUCUUAAGACUAGAACAUUCACCUUCAAAAACAGCCAGUGACAUAUUAGCCAAACUGAACAAUGGCAAUAACGAUGAAAAAGUUUCAGCACUCCAGAAAUUAAGCACUCUCAGCAACGACGUUACAUUUGCUUUGGAAUUUAUCAAUAAACAAGGCUUGGCUCUCAUUAUUUCGCAGGUUGAGGCUGGUAAAUCUAAAAGUAACACAUUGGCCUUUCUCUUGCAAUCGUUUGUGGAAUUAAUGGAUCAUGGGAUUGUAUCGUGGGAUAUAUUGGAAUCUCCGUUCAUAAAUAAAGUGGCUAGCUAUGUGAAUAAUCAAGCAGCUCCGCCGGACUCUAAGGUCGUUGGAGCAUCCUUGCAAAUUCUGGAAAACAUCGUCGUGAAUUCUUCAGGAAAAUAUAGUCAAGUUGAAAAGGAAGUUACUUUUCCAAAUUUAGUCAUGCACUUGCAAAGUCAGAGCUCUCAAAUCCAACAAAAUGCUAUGUCCCUCAUCAAUGCUUUAUUUCUCAAGGCAGACUUGCCUAAACGACGAGCUGUCGCUGCUACUCUGCAAUCUAAACAAUUACGGCUCGUCUUCGUUACGAAUGUUAUACAGUCAACAGGACAGGUAAGAAUUGGCACUCAAAGUGAUCGUUUUCUCAUAGAAGUUUUCUUAAACUCUUCAAUUUACUUCCAGGUUGGCAGCGAGAUGGCACAUCAACUCUAUGUACUGCAGACACUGUUGCUGGGACUGUUAGAACAGAGAAUGAUGACUAAAAUGGAUCCCCAGGAUCAGGAUGCACUUGAUAAGAUCAAAGAACUUCGUCGCAUUGCAUUUGAUACUGAAGGGUCCGUAAGCGGGGAUGUAACAGCUCGAAAACAAGGUGUUUUUGCUAAGGAUUACAAGAAACUAGGCUUCAAAUACGAUAUAAACCCAGCCAUGGAUUUUACCGAAACUCCACCAGGAAUGUUAGCCCUGGAUUGUAUGGUUUAUUUUGCCAGAAAUCAUAUGGAGAGUUACACAAAGGUGGUUCUUGAGAAUUCGUGUCGUGCCGAUGAACAUGAGUGUCCAUUCGGACGAACUAGCGUCGAAUUAGUAAAACUUUUGUGCGAGGUAUUAAGAAUAGGUGAAGCUCCCAGCGAACAAGGACAGUGUUAUCACCCAAUGUUUUUCAAACACGAUCAUCCUUUCGAAGAGUUUUACUGUGUAUGCAUUGUUUUAUUGAAUAAAACAUGGAAAGAGAUGCGGGCAACGACAGAGGACUUUGUCAAAGUCUUUUCUGUUGUUAAAGAGCAAAUAACUCGAGCACUUCAAAGCAAGCCGACAGGACUUGAUAAGUUUAAAUUGAAACUGCAUCAACUUACUUACUCUGUAAUCACAAGCCUCUGGCAGCAAGAGAGGACCAGCCGCGAGGAGUGUGAGAGUCAUGCCAAACCUAUCAUUGAACUUCGGGAACAAAUUACCCCCGAAAUUAUGGAUCUUAUACGCCAGCAGAGGCUUGGGUUCUUAGUCGAAGGUACUCGCUUCACCAAAUAUGGUCCCAGAGGUCAGAGAAUGAAAGAUAAAUUUCGGUACGUUCGACUUUCACCAAAUCACAAAGUGUUUCAUUACGGUGAAUGCGAUGAAAAGUCUGUGCCAACAAUCGACGAGCUUCCAGCAAAACUUGCAGUUGUCGAGAUUCGAGCGCUUUUAACCGGUAGAGACUGUCCGCACAUGAAAGAUUUACAACGGCGAAAGACUACCCAUCAGCUUGCAUUUUCUUUGGCCCUUGAUUCUGUCGAGGUGAGCAGUCUCGACUUUGUAGCACCAGAUGAGCAAGUGUUCGAUUACUGGACCGAUGGGAUCAAUGCUUUGCUGGGCAACAAGAUGACGAGCAAGGAAACGGAAAAAGACCUGGAAACCCUCUUGUCUAUGGAUAUUAAAUUGAGACUAUUAGAUGCAGAGGGUAUAGACAUUCCGACCGAACCUCCACCGAUUCCAGACAAUCCACCGCACUACGACUUUUGUUACGAACUCACAUAGACUUGAGAAUUGUAUUGCAAGUUUUAAUUUUUAUUAGUCUCAUGAUCAGGUGUCUCAAGAUUUUACAUACGAAAUGUUAGUGCAAUUUUUUAUUUGAUGUGCAAAUGGUUUAAGUGCCGCAAUUAACUCAUUAACUGUAGGUUAAUUUUUAUGAAUCAGCAAUCUCAUGCGAAUAAGUAUUAUUAUUAUUAUUCCUGCAAAAUCUUUGAAAAUAGUGGUACUAAACAGACCAAAUUUGAAAAUUCACGAUUGCGAAAUGGCGUAAUUCUAUAGUAUGCCAAAGAUAUAGAAUAAUGAUUUAUAUAUAUAUAUAUACACAUAUUUUAAAAAAUUUUAUUACUUCAUUUUUUUUUCUACAAGUUACUGUCAGAUGUGGUUUAUAUACAUACAUCUAUUGAAUCUCUAUUUCAGAAUAUUUAUUUAUGUAAUCAAAGGCAACAGUUUUAUAGUGCACGAAUCUACACCGCUUUUAACGUAAUUUAUUUCAUUUAUAUUUUUUACACUAUUUAAUAAAUUGUCAUAAACUUGAUUAUCGUAAUUGCGAUAUUGAGGGUGGCAUUUUUUUAUUCCACACUUUUAACAGUAUUGUGUAAUGACGCAAUGAUCUUUAUUGAAUAAAAAUAAAUAAUUUGUGUAACAAUAUUGUGCAGCUUGGAUCAAGACAUCUCUUUACAGAAAUUCAUCUAAACACUACU